UUCUGAAGAUGGGAAGUUCAGAGUUCAAGCAAACAAAGUGCUGUGCUACAGGAUUUGUGCAGAGCUGCGCGAUGGGAGGAAGCUGGGGAGAUGAUAUCUAAGAUGGCCAGAAAGGAUUGUCCCCCAAAUGAAGUCACAUCAAUAUACUAAUCAAUUCCUUGUGCCAAAAAGGGCUUAUCGAUCGUGCAAUCUAGGUGGUUGAGCAAAUGCCAAAGUAUGGAAGUACACCUGAUAUUUUCACAUACAAUGCCCUUAUCAAUGGCUUUUCUGAACAAGGCCGUCUGUAUGAUGCCGACAAGUUAUUAAGCACUAUGCCGUGCAAGCCAGAUACCGUUUCCUAUAAUUCUACAUUGAAGUUCAUGUAGAGCUGAGCGAUGGAAGGAAGCAGAGGAGGUUGUGGCUGAGAUGCUUAGAAAGAAGUGCCCUCUAAAGGAAGUAACAUUCAAUUAUGCUAAUCAAUUGUUUAUACCAAACAGGGUAACUUGAAUCAACCUUUGAAAUCUCUUGAGAAAAUUCCAAUAAUAUAAAGUUAUGCUUGGUCAUCUACACUGCCCCUGCGAAAGGCGCUUUUGUAAGCAAGAGUCUGAAGGAUGCCCUGAGUUAUGAAUCAGUGCACUUGUGCAGGCCUGCCACGGUCCACUCUUAUUCUUCAUCAAAGGAUUUGUGUAGAAAUGAGCAACAUGUAAAUGCCAGAGUUUCUGGUUGAGAUCAGCGCCGAGAGGGUAAUCCAAAUAAGGCCUCUUUUGGUUAGGCUGGAUAUAGCCAGGAUCAUGGCCUGAUCCACGCCAGUGACAGAAAACGUGAUGUAGGCAACCGGAGGCGACGGGGCAGAGUCGACAUAGCCUACACCUCUGGCAAAAUUUUAGUUUCUCCUUUCCCCACAACUUGCACAACUGAACUGAGAUAACUGUGCCGUCACCUACUUCUCUCCGCACAUGACCUCCGGCGGCAACGACAACAAUGGCUUGGUUCUCUCCUAUAUUGCAACUACUACUAGUCGGAGGGAGCUUCUUGAUUAAGGAAUGUACUUUAUUUUGUUGUAAGGAGAAAAGUCAGUUGCAACAAAGAAUUAUUUGAUUUUCUGCCAGUUACCAAGUGAUCUCAGAUGUUUUGUUCUGUCUGAAAUGGUUGAAAAAAAAAUUAAAAGCAUUGUACUUCUGAGUAAUUCUGAAAAUCCAUGGUUUCCUUCAUAUCUGGGUAAUUCUUCUCAUGCGCCAUCUCCAUGGGAAUUCUGGAUCAUGUGUAUGUGUUACAAUCCAAAUACCUGCUCGGUCAGCUUCUGAAGAUGGGAAGUUCAGAGUUCAAGCAAACAAAGGUCGAAGCCACAUGGUUGAUGGUUGCGUCACACCUAGCCAGAUUCCCUUCAUAGUUGCCAAUGGUGGCCAUCGUAUGCUCAGUUAUUAUUUUGAUCUCACUGAUCAUGCAUAGGACACGCCAGGUCGAAGCCACAUGGUUGAUGGUUGCGUCACACCUAGCCAGAUUCCCUUCAUAGUUGCAAAUGUUGUCCAUCAUAAGCUCAGUUAUUAUUUUGGUAUGUAUCUACCUUGUUAUUCUUAUUCAUACGAUAAGUUAGCAUUGCUGAUAAAAUCAUAUAGCUAAUUGUGAUGGAUAGACUAACUGAAAAAAUGAAACAAAAAAUGUUCUUAAUCUAUACCUACUAUUAAAGGGAGGUGAUAUUCUUGGUUUCGUCCCGCUUUGUUUGGUCCUGUUUCAAUUAAUUUCACGUACCCUAUUUGGUUUCGUUACUUGCCACCCGUUUGGAAGCCCAUAUGGCGGCGCACUAUGGCCUUUGUUCGGAGAAAAAUAAAAUUGCCGAUGGAAGGGUUCGAUCUCAUAACCUGCCAGCCGGCCAUGCACAGUUUGUUAAAAGAACUGACCCAGCUAGAGAUAUGAGUGGAUUUUUUUCUUCUGGUGCAACGCAAGGGCCUUGUUGUUAGUAAUAAAAUAAUCCAUAUUCACAUAUGAAAAAAAUUGUAUGCUGGUUUCUUCUGCAUGAUGUGGUAUUUCAUGGGAGAUGAUUAUUGGAUUGAGCAUCAUGGAUUUAUGAGAUACCAUAUCCUAAUGUUAACACAUUUUUUUUCCGAAAAGGAGGAUGACCCCCGGCCUUUGCAUCUGGGAGAUGCAUGCAGUCAUUUUAUUAAUUAUUCACAAGGACCUUACAAGCUAAUACAUCAAUAUGUCUGAAUCCGCCAUCCUGGCGACAUUGUGUCGCAACUCCUAUCCAAUUGAUGAAGGGAUGCGGUAAGCCUGAGCCGAAUACCCAGACCUCUCACCAAAGCUAACAUCUAAAACCGAAGGCCUGAACAAAGCCACAUACUAGGUGUGGGGCACAAACCGGUCUGACGCACUCUCAUGGGCCAGGAGUCGGAAUUAACCACAUGGCACCACACACCAGCCUCUCCUUGCCAAACGGCGCCCCAAUGGAGGUAACGACACCGAGCGCUGCCGCCGCCGCAUCCACAAGGGAUAACAGGAAUUAACCUUGGGUCGGAGAAGAGGGGGUGGGGAGAAGGGAUCUCGUCGGUGCCACCAAGGAGGGGAGCAGCGCCCGCAGGCGGUGUCACCGACAUGGAUGGCCAAGCCACCAAAGGAUUUUUCCCGAACCCAACUCACACCACCGUGCCCAGCCGCCAUCAGGCCGGUGAGACAAGAUCACCGGCGCGAGAUCCGGCGGGAAGUGGACAAGACGGGAAACUUCAGAUCCGCCGCUAGGAGAACCGCCGGAGCAGACCACCGGCCAUGUACCGCGCUUGCCGUCGCCGCUGAGGACACCAACCCUCUCCCAUGAGCACCGCCAGCCGUGAAGAUGACGUUGGCUCUCCAAGCAGGGCCGCCGCCCUGGAGCCCCAUUCCCUUUGCCGAGACCGGAGCGACGAAAUCCCCGCCGUCACCUUCACCGGCGGCCGCACGGGCUUGCCCGGCGGCCUCCUCUGGUGGCGGCGAGGAAGAUGAGGGGCUAGGAGUGCCGCGGGGUAACCCUAGUCGCCUCCCGUGUCGCCCGGGAGGACGACCUAACAACAAUAAAAUCUCUACUGUAAAAUGGAAAUAUUUUGCCUCAUCAAGGCAUGGUACUAUACUUUUGUUUGUUUCUUCGCCCCACUUACAUUGUAUAAGAACGACCCUAAAAUCCAUUACAACCAUAUACACUAAAAAAACUCAUGUAGCUAAGAAUUUGUGAGGAAAUUUACCAACAUAUUUGUCAAAAAACCUUAGAACCGUGCCUCUUCAACUAUAAUCUUGUCACUCAGUGGCGACGAUAUAUACACACACACACUUAAUAUCAAUUCACAGAAAAUUUAAGCAUUUUUGGGCCACAAAGAGGUUUGUGCACUUGAACACCUCUACAUUUGUUAGCAUUACUAGAUGAAUUGCAAGCAUGCAACUGAAACAUGCCAGCGAUGUUAUGAAGAGUCAAGAGUGUAAGGUUGGACAACGGCUGUUAGCAGAACCAGAUAGCACAACGCUGGAACAUGCGGAUGAAGUCAAUGAAUCCUUGCACCAGCAAGACGAAACCACACGUCGACACCCUCGUGCAGAUGAGUUUGCCACUAACAACUAAGACACGGCUGCAACAUGCCAGCGGCAAAGCAUGAAGAGGGCUAGUCAUCACACACAUGAUCAAGCUGUCUAGAUCAUCCAGCACAAAAAACUGGUCCUCGCGUGUGAGUUUGCCCCUGAUAAUUAAGACACUUUCGACAGGCCUAUAUACUCGUUCAUAAAUGUAUGAAACGAUAUAAGAAGACAGCAGAGCGGCAUGAACUUGCCUUGAAGAUGGGGGACAAACUCUCGGGGCUUGAACUGACAAGGUUCCACUAAAUGAUAGCUUGAGCAUGCAACUAUGUGAAGAUCACUUAUCAAACUAUACCAUUGUUAAUUAGUCCUUGCUCCCAAUUAGUGGAACAUGACAGAGUGCACAUGAGACGACUUUUGUGUUGGGAUCUCUAUGCUUCUGCCAGAUCUCUAGGCUGAUGUAAUGGCAUGAUUCUUCAUGUCUACUAAUCAGAUGCUGCAGCACAGCUGUACACAUAUCUUCUGUAUAAAUAGGCGUCAGCAGAAUGGUAGAUGCAUCAAACUAGAAGCUCUUCUUUCUUCCUCCUCUCUUCGACCACAAUACAGAGCAAAUCUUCAAGCUCAGACAUGGCUUUCCACCAAAGAUCGACAAGUUUGCCUUCUAGGCCUCACGUCAGUGAGACCGAAGUCGAGCUAGAGCUUCAGAGCCUAGAAGCAAGCAUCUCUUCCUCUAAUUCCAUCAGCACGAUGUGCGAUGGUCUCAGGACUCUUGCAAACAUCUACGAUGGUCUUGAAGAAAUCAUCUGCCUACCAAGGAACCAAGUUUGCUCCUCCCAGCAGAGGAGCAUGUUGGAUGGAGAAAUGGACGCUUCUCUUGAGCUGCUAGAUCUCUGCAGCGCCAUGCAAGAGAUCUUCGUCGAGAUGAAGGCCAUCAUCCAAGAGCUGCAAGUGGCUCUAAGGAAAGGUGAUGACACAGCUACUCAGGCCAAGAUCCAAUCCUACACCCGCUUGGUGAAGAAGUCGAAGAAUCUUUUCAAGAAGACCGCGAAGAAGGCUCCUGCAGAUUGUAGCAUGGUCAUGCUGUUGGCCAAGGCUAGAGAGAUCUCUGUGCCUCUCCUGGAGUCCACACUCCGUCUCUUGUCGAAGCAAAUCGAAAUGCCUAAACAGUCUCUUGUUUCCAAGGCAUUUCACAAGAAGAAGGCAGCUGUUUGCAAGGAGGAGCAAUUGUUGGGGCUAGAGUGCAGUAUCAGAGAUCUCGAGAGUGGGGCAGGACAUCUGUUCAGAAAAUUAGUCCAGAGCAGAGUUUCCCUACUCAACAUCCUUAGCUCAUAGAUACUCCCAAGUCACUCUUGGCGCCCUCCGAUUGGCAUCCGCCUUUUUAAGGAAUAGCUGAUCUUCAUACAAUUUGCCAUAUGUAUACACUAUACUGUAAAUGUACAUGAUACUACAGAAAGAGAAAGAAAAGUUUUGAUCCAUUUGACCAUUUCUUCCUUGAAGACGUGUUUGUGAUCCCAGUAUAGUCUAUUUUGAAGCCCAUGGUUAGUGAAUCUUGUUCCUUAUGCAUGAAACAUGCCAGCUCAAAGUCAAAUGGUCUCAACUUGUACUUGGAAGAAUCAAUCAAUUUUAUUGUCCACCACCACCACAUGGCUGUUCAGUCUGGCAUAAUUAGUGCGCUCAAAUUCUAAACAUCAUUGACAUCUAUAUCAUUUAAGCAUUGAAGAAAAUGAAAAUUACCCUAGAACCAAGCUGUUUGCAUGUUCUACCGGAUCAGCAAUAAUCUGGGCAAGACGUAAUCCAAACUUGCUAGUGCGCAAAGUUUUGUUCCUUUCCAUAUAAUGAUUCUCAACACACAGAGAACCCUUUUCGAGAAAAAAUACACAAAGAACAACCGAUUCUUUAUAUGCUUAUUUGUUAUUUCAAACUUCACCAAAGUAACGAUGCCGAUGCCCGAGAAUCAGUUAGUACGACUAAAAGGUAACAGGAUUGUACAAAAACAUUGAAAA